AUGGUCAAGAGUGACAACACAGUUGUUAGUCAUUUCAUGACCCAACCGAAGCUGAAUGGUCGACAGGCUAGAUGGAAGGAACUCCUAGCGGAAUUUCACUUCAACUUGGAGUACCGAAGUGGGAAGACUAAUCAUGUUGCUGAUGCGCUCAGUCGGAGAGCUGAUGUAGCAUCAGUGAGGAGAUCUGCGAAGGACUCUUCUGGCGGAAUGUUACGAUACUUUGUGGUACGGCCAUCCAGUUUUCUGAAACCUUUUCGGGAAGAUAUGGAGGAUCCUUCACGGAGCCAACUCACAAUACCCAGUAUUCGGGACCCCAACUCAACUGGGAAAAGGCUUGCUGAAGCUAUUCUUGAUGAUCGAUACGGUGCCGAGGACGUCGCCACUCAAGUGGAGGAGAAUGUCAUGGGCGGCUUUACAUCCAUGCUGCAUGACCCCUUAGACGCGCCCCAUGGCGUCCUAGCAAGCCUCCCAAUGCCUAGCGCCAUGGACGGAUUCGUAGUCUUGGCUGCGCCAAGUGACAAGCGCGCAUAUGCCUCUGUCGCCCCACCGAUAAUCCUCGCCAGCGCCCAACCGCAGGCAGAUGCCAACAUUGCCGCACGUGCAGACCUUGAUGCCAAAGACAAGGUUGCUGACAACGGACAUGUUUCUACCUCGUAG